CGUAGUUGAACGACAAUUGAAGGCGAAAUUUUAGAAUACUUCUAAUAGCGGAAGAAGCAAAAGCAGCCUCUCUUUCUCUCUCUACUGUUGUCUUUGAUUGCCUUUGUGAACAGUAAUUGCUUGAGGUUGAAACUUUUGGAGGUGUGUUCCGCUGAAGAAUGAUUCACUUCUUAGGGUUUUUCUUUCUCUGUUUUGAAGAUUGGCUUAUUCUGAAUUGAGAAUUGCUGGAGCUCCAGUGUUUGAUGGAUCGGUGCAAGAGGAGGAAUCCGCGCUUUCUGAGUAAAUCAAUGCGUCCUUGCUAGCUCAUCGUCGCCUAUAUAUUCUUAUUGUUGUUACAAGAAAAAGAACGAAAUUUCAUAUCUGGGGAUAUGGGAUGCCUUGCUUCAAAACCGGCAGAUUCUGGUGGAAACAGGCGGAGGCCGGGAAACAUUGGGGAAGUUUCUGUCUAUGUUCCUGGUCUGCGCAUUCCUAAACCAGUAGAUUUCUCUUUGGCACUUGGCGAUCAUCUAUCUAAAAAUAUAGUUGAACGUCUAUCAGCUUUGAGGACUCGUAUAGUUGUAAUGGCUGGCCAAGAAGGUCCAACAAUUACUAGAACGCGGAGAAAAACUGCUACCCAACAUGGUGGUUCAACAAUAGCUGAUCUUCAGCAGGCUCUGGAAGAUUAUUUGCCUGUUCUUUUGGGAUUAGUUAAAGAUGGAAACCAGCUUCAGCACAAAGUACAGUUUGCGUGGAUCAAUCAGGAGGAUGAUUUGGAGGAAACUGUCAUGUCCAACGCUUGGUAUGAGGUGCUGUCAGUUUUGCACUUAAUGGCAAUGCUAUCUUUAUCACAGGCCAACUUAUUACUUCUUCCUAGAACAUCAACUGAUGGUUAUCAACCAAAAGUAUCAGAAGAGAGUAGGCGAGCUUCAGUUGACAUUUUUGUAAAAGCUGCAGGAUAUUUGGAUUGUGCUGUUAGACAUGUUCUUCCACAGCUGCCUGCCGAAUUCAGGAGAAAUCUGCCGGUGGACCUUGCUGAAGGAGUUCUUCGAGCACUUUGUCUGCAGGCACUUGGGCAGGGAGUUGAUAUCCAGCUAGGAAUGGCUAUUGAUAGCACCAAAGCAACCCUUGCUGUGAAGCGAAGGCUUGCAUGUGAGAUGGUAAAAUACUGGCAGCAGGCCCAAGAUAACAUAAUGAACCUUCCAUUAUCAAAUGGUUGGGGAGAGAAGCACCGGCUUUUUGUUAAAUGGAAAUUUAUUGAAGCAAAGGCUGCAGCUUAUUAUUAUCAUGGUUUAAUACUUGACGAGGGAAACACAGAGAAGUCCCAUGGGAUGGCUGUAGCCGCAUUGCAAGCAGCCGAUGAAUACUUUAAAGAAAGUAAAAAGGCAUGCGAGGCGUUUAACUCUGCUCCUCCAUUAUCGAGAAAUCCGCCACAAUUUGGAACCAUGAAAUAUUUAUCAGAAAAAAUUCCAAAAGAUGCUUCAAGCAAAGUUCGGAUAAAUCGAGACUUGUACUCAUUUGAGAAGAUUGUGGAGACUGCACCGACGUUGCCCGAUUUCGCCCUGGCCCUAAAGCCAGACGAAUUCCAACUUCCUGCCGUGGAUCCUUCAUGGAACGAGGAGAACAUAAAUAGAGGUCAAGUUGGCUCUAAACAGUUAAAAGAGUGAUCAAAGAUAAGACAAUGUGCACAUAUUACAUCAAUACAGGAUCGAAGCGACGCUGAAAGCAAAUGUGUAAUGCCAAGGGAAAGCUUGUCGGUCUUCAAUCAUUGUGUGAAUUCGUAGGGUCGGUCUUUUACCUUUUUCUUUUCUCCUUAAUAAAUUCAUGUUCGGUUUGUAUUUUCCAAGAAAAGUUCCCAAGUUCCUUUGAAUGUAUUGUUUCUGCCUUGGAAGAAGGCGAUGACACUUCAUUUUCUUUUCUUUAUUUGCUUCCUCUAUUCAUUCUUUAUUCACAG